GACAAAUCCUCGGGAGGACCCCCCAUGCCCAUAGACCCGAAAACCCACCACACCUCAAUGACUUGGCCCGCAUUUGCUUGUUCAAAAAUGUUCAUCCCUCUAGAACUAAAUUUGUCGAGUUUAUUAGCUUGAUUUUUAACAGGGACGGAGUUGCUGUUGCAACGCUAGGAUACGUUUGAAUUUUAUUCUAUUUUCAGAUUUAUCGACUUCUAUUAUCUUUCUCUAAUGGAAGCUUCUUAGCAGUUGCAAAGAUAAUAGAUAUGUUUGAAUGACGUUGCCAGAGUGAGGAAAAGGUACAGAUCGAGUUUAUGGAAUUGAAAAUCCCAGUCGACCUGAUUCGAGGAUGCACUAACCUCGUGUCUAUUUGAAGGGAAGUACGACGCUUUUUCUGAUAAUUUUCUGGUUGGAUAUCUUUUCGAGGGACUCUCACAGUAUGCCGCUCCCGCUAGAAACAUGUAGCUUUAUGAUCCCAAGAAAAUGUGAAUGACCGCCAAUGUUUGGUGCAUGCUCCUACUGGAUGUUCUCCUACAGCAGCAGAGUUUUGCGCUUCUUGGGUCCUGAGCCAAAACUACUACUUGUACUUGUUGUAUCUACUGGCUCACCUUCGGCUGCUUUUUGACGUUAGUAGCUGCAGCAACGCCUCGCAGGUCGUAAUGGUGUGCCCUCGCUUUUCGUUGCUGGAGCAGUAGAAGUUCAAGUGCAUACGGGCAACCUUUUCACGAGAACGAUUUUGCUUCCCAGCUUCGUGUUCGAUUGGCUGGCUUAGAGAUCAAGAUGGCGGCCAGCAUGCAGAUGCAGGUAAGCAAAGUGAAGACGACGCUGAGUUCGCAGAAGGCGAAGGCAGUGACGCUCUUCGCUUCACUCCUCGGGCGCAAAAAGCGUGCCCCCGCGGAGCAGACGCCGAAGUCAAAAAAAGAAAAACGUCCCCGCAGUCGAGAGAGCGGCGAAGAGGAGGAGGAUGAGGAGCAAGAAAUCGAUGAUUAUGAGGAGACCGAAGAAGAGAAACGUCGCAGAAAGAGGAGAGAAAAGGCAGAAGAAAGGUAUUCUCGCUAGCUGUACACUUAGGAGUAUAUUGUGUUAGGUCGUUGUCUUACUCAGUUUGUUAUCAUUUCAUGGCUAAGAAUCAGCUGGAGCGAAUGACCUACUUUGACGUCAUGUUUGAUUCUAUUCGUUUUCACACGUGACCCACCAGGGCGCGCGCAUUGGACUCCAGCAAGAGUCCAGAAGAGAAGGAGCUGGAUGAAAAGUUGAGGCAGAUGCAGAAAUUUAAGAAGAAGCUAAAAAUUGAGAUAAAGCGCUUAGGCGACAGUCCGGGUGAAGUCACUGGUUUUGAAAUGGACCGAACUGCCGUCCUCACCGCGAAGAAGCUUUUUCGCAGCGAAGACAUCAACUGCAUAGAUGAGGAGGACCGACCGACAACGCCUGAGUCAGGAGAAGAGAAGCACAACGAGCGCAUUACCCUACAACGGAAAAUCAAGCUCAAGAGAAUGGGGAGUAUCAUUCGUCACAUUUUUUAUAUAUAAUUUACUCUCAACUACAACAUGAAUUUAGAUACAAGUCGCUAAAUUUCUGCACGACUCGUAGUUUAGCAAAAACAUGCUUCAGUACAAAUUCCAUUCACACGUACCUCCUUCAACAGGAAGCGAGAAGCCUAAGCCAGAGGACCGCUUGAAAACACGUCACCGAAUCUUACAACCUCUGUCGGAUACUGUGCGUCGCGAAAUACACAAAAAAUUCCAGAAAGAGGAGAAGGAAGAUGAAGACAUCUUUGCCGACGAAACCCUCGACGACCUUAAAGUGCGCGUGCUGCUCGACCUAGGAUUUACUUAUGGCUUGCUGGUGUACAGAUGGACAGGAUUCGAAUAAUCGGAUAUUGUGGCUUUUGUCCUUCCUGUGGCAGUUGUGGGAGUUCGCCUUUGUCUGCGAACUUCAUGUUGGCUUUUAGCCUUCAAGGUAAGAUGUCGCCUAGGUUAGUCGUACAUGGAGAAUCUUUUUACAACCGGUAGUCAUUAUGACUGAGACUUCAUGAUGAGAUCAUGCACUGCGUUUUUACUCGAUAUUGUAAAGCGAUGAGGGCUCCCCUAAUCUCCAGCCGAUGAGCUGUACGAUGAUCUUGGUGACCCAAAAGAAUUUACACGGAAGCAACUCAAGGACAUGAUCCGGAAGCGGAAUAGCGAGCUACAAUUUAAACUGGGUGAAACCCCCACUAGAAAAUGGAGAGACGACAAACGCUUCUUUGGUGAAAGAGAGUAUUUGGGGAAUAGUAUUCAAAGACGGAGAUUGACGGAUGACGACUACGACCGUGAGGACGAGGUACUCGUUUGUAGCACGAGGAUGUUGAUGAUGUUUCCUCACUCAUAAAAGUACACACGUCCGCUUCGUAUAAUUUCUCUAACUUCUACUAAAGAGCCAAGUAAGCGCACAUCAAAUGCACAUCGUGUCCAGGAACACAAAGAUGAGCCAUGCAUUGUCUCAUUCAAUAGUGACUGACCAACUCAAAUUCGCACCAGGAAAUGUACGAUCGUUACGUGGAUGGUUUCAGUAUGUGGGUUGAGCAACAGAAAUGGAAUCAGUAUUACGAAACAUUAGCGGGCACCCUAGAGGAAAGGUUGCAGGAGGAGAUGGAACGCUACGACCGUGAGCGUGGUGGCAUUGGAGAACAGGAGUCGCUGCAGCGAAUGCUAUGUGCCCUGUCUAUCUACCUCUCCUAGCGAGCCCUUGUUCCGCGGCUGACUUUGAUACAGCUACAAGGCUCUCUAACUAUGUACUGUUCUGAAUUUCAUGUCGUGUUGGAUGGUUCGUUGGUAGCAUGGCGGUUUUUUUCUCUGCUCUUGUUCCUCUAAUCUUGAAGCAUUCCUUGUCCCCACGCGCCCGACAGAAACUGAAGUACAAGCUACAAGAGCAUGAUCCCGACACGUUCCCUCUGCCUGAGGUGUGUGGAACAGAGUUGCGAACGAAAAACUGGAAGGAAGCUAAAGAGGCGGGUCUACUUAGCGAAGGGGGCGCUGGAGGUUAUGGCUCGGAAUUAAUAGACUUAGACUCAACAUACGUAUUUAUAUAUUAGAUUUCAUUGCGUCCGUGUCGUUGUGCUUCAGCCAGAGACAUUGAUGCAUCGUGAUGAAAGUGACGAUGAUUUUGGUCAUGUAGGUAGCCUUAGCCUUGAGACUAGUAGUAAUUGCCGCCAUUUAAUAACUUUAAACUUGAGUGAACUGAAUCUGAAUAUUCAACUCAAUUUUAGUCUAUGUCUAACUCCCUACUUUAUAAGAUGACUCUUUAUUUUGCAAGAACUUAAACCUUCUUUCUUUUCCUUUUCUAAGCACUGGUAAACUUGCGGCCACCCGCUCCUCCACCAAUGCCGACCCGUGAGUUCUAUGAAGUUUCUGGGGCACGAGAGAAGAUACGGACCCCGCGUUCCGACGGCAGUCUUUCGGAGGGAGAACAAGAAAUUCGGCAGCUAGCCAAGCGCGAUAUGGAAGAUUACUUACUUUCAAAUGCCGAUUGUCUGGAUGUACCCUCUCCAACAAGAAUCCAGAGCUUCGGGUACUACGAUCAAGAGGGUGAGUUCAAAGACCCUACUUCUGCAUUGGCAAACUCUUCGCGAACUCUGCGGUUAACCACAAGUAAUCUCGACUGGUUAGGUGGUUUCGGUGGCAAGGCAGGUAGUCAAGAAGAAGGGACACUUGAGGACGACAGCUCGGAGGAGUUUUACUUGAUGAAUCCACACAAGAAGCGGCCCGAGAAAAAACACAAGGGCCAUACGCGCGCGGCGUAUGUGCGACCACCUAUUGACGCCGAGGAUGUGGUCGGGGGGCGCACGAGUCUAAACUUGGCUGCACUCACCGGUCUCCAGGAAGGACAAGGGAUGUUUUCGCGCAGCCACAUUUUAGGGAUCGAAGGCGAGGGUGUGUUGUCCGAGGACGAGCGAGCGGCGUCAGACGCCGAGUUCGAUUGGAAAGCCGCUUCUGGUGUCAAGGCGAUAAAAAAAGACGGCAAGGAAAAUGAAAGCCAGAAGAAAAAGGACAAAGCCUCGAAAGGUGCAGCCAAAGUUACAGAAGGCCAGCACUCCUCGCCACCUCCAGCUGCGCGACGGCGGCGCGACUAUGCUGAGGAUCAGCUUGAAGAUUUCACCAUGCAUGGCGAAUUGCAUCGCGUGAGCAGGCGGCGACUUCUCGAAGGCGACCACUCAUCACCGGACGGAGGCAAGAGGAAACCAAAGAUACGCAUUCAGACUGGAGAGGAGGAGGAUGGGCAAGCACCGGCACCAGGCGAAGAAGCAGUCGAUGGCAAGCCCCCGAUCGAUGAAGCUGCAGCAGCUGAUAACCGUCAUGAAGCUGCUUCAGCGCCUGCUGCUGAAGACGCGAGCGGGCAUCCGCAAGCAGCCGGCGACGAGGAUAACGCGGGGAACGACGGCGGCGACGAGAUGAGCGGGAACAAGAAGAAUGUCCGCAAGAAAAAGCGCAAAAAAGGGAGGGAUGGUGGAGAGGCGGACGACGACGAUGUUGAGGAUGAUGCAGAAGACGAUGAGAACGGUGCAGGAGCGGGAACUAACGGCGACAAAGACCACACUAACAGAUUUGACCCCAGUGACCUCUACACAGACAAACCACCAUCUUCGAGUCACGAUAAGACUGAAUCAGAAGACGCAGGUAGCCGAUUAGAAUUCACGAGUCCGUCGGACAAUGCCCCAGCCGAAACUGAAAAGAAGAAAGCUCGCGCUUCUCCGAUAAAGCGCGGUAAAGGGGCGCCUGGUCCGGCUGAAGAAGAGAUCUUCUUGAAAUGGUCGCGACCACCAGAGACAGCACCCGACGCAGAGUUCCGGUUACCUAAGCCUCCGCUGGCGUUGAGCAUAGAUUUCGACCAGGCAUUAAAGGACAUUAAGACCACAAAAGAGCUACACGGAAAAGCGCUGGAUAAGAAGCAAAAGUUUGGCGCACGCAUGAUCGCGAACCAUGCACCCAAUGCAAAAAAAUAUCUCCAGUAUAAGGACGAGGUCGCCAAGCUCGUAAGAAUAGCGAAAUUUCGGGCUGACGAGAUACGAACGCGCCAAUACAAGCGCAAGAAGGAGGAAGAACCGCCACCAAAAUCCAACAUACGCGAUCCGAGCAGCUGGGUUCGCGUUUUUCAUUUUCCCUCGAUGAGAGCAAGCUAUUAUCGCUACGAAGCAUACAAUUUUGUCUUGCAUGCUCUGGACGCUACUCUCGACGUUGUCCCCUGUUCCAAAGCCAAUUUCAACGUCUUUCAAGAGAAGAUGGCGGAAGGCGAGGAAAAAAUGCGACAAGAAAAAGUAUAAUUGUUCUUGCGCACGAUUUUCAUUGGUUAUUGAUUUGACGUAUUUUUUGUCGUUGAUCGUGAUUCUGAUUCCUGACCAAGACAAUCACAAUCGGCGUAUUAAGACUGAAGGAAGUUGUUUCAUCAGUUUCUUUCAGUUUGUCCCCAUGAUGAUAAUCACUUCUCUACUCUCGACUGACUCAGGAGCGACGAGCGCGCAUGCAGGAGCAAGAGGUAGCUCGGCAGGAUCAGCGCGAACGCAACAAAUCACGGCGCAUCAGCUUCGACAUUGACAAGAAUCCAGCCGGCAAUGAAGAGGGGGCACACUUUGCUCCACCGCCAGAAGGAGAUCAUGCUCAAGACGUUCACUACAACAAUAGCAACACUUCUCAACCCUUUAUGGAGGGGCGACAUGAGGCGCCGGCAUACGACGGCUCACCGGGGCAGGCGGGUUCAUCAAGUGGAGGUAGCUCGCCUUUUCGCCAGGGUUUUUCUUCGAUUAUGGCUGGCGCAGGCAGUUCGCUUGUGAAACAAGGCACGUCUCUCUUCAGCACGAGUGGUGCGGCAGCCGAGAGUGAAAAGCGAGCAGCGGAGAUGGCAGCUGCGCAACAAGCGCCUUUGUUGCCAAUUCUCCGCAACCGGCACGAGGCGGGUGACGCUCCGCCACUGAAGAAGCUGCCAAAUAAUUUGGGUCGCUUCGGCGGAAAGCUGGCGCUCACCUCAGGUGAGGGGUCGCUACCGCGUACUGAGAAAGAAUGGGGCCGCGAAAAGGUGCGACUGGGUGGGCAUUUCUCACCAGAGAAGAACCAGCUCCUUAGGCUUAACGAAGACAAGAUCGACACGUCCGCAUGGGGAGGCCUUCAAAGGUUAUGGCGUGACGUUCCUAAUAAAAUUAGAAGCUUGAUGACUCUGAUUUGGUUAUGUUGUAGUCAGAAGGAUAGAGUCACUGAGUCCCUCUUCUUGUAAGUAUACUUUCGAGGCCACCUGACGCUUCUGAUUAUACUAGAAAAAAGCCUCUGGGUCCAUUGCGUUUGUGAGUUGCCAUGAUGAUCAUUCUAAGAUGUGAAGCGGCACGGGCAAAGCUGCAGCACACGGGCAAGAUGGAGCGGGCCAUGAUCAAAAUCAAGAUGCUUCAGAAAUUUGGUUAUGACAUAUUUUGUAUCUAGUUGCUAACACUACCAGGAAGCUACACUUCUCCCAUCUGUUUUCCUGAAAUUAGUUGCUGGAAGUUGCCGCGUCAACUCUGUUUGCGUAGUUUGCGUUACUGAACAAAACUAGGUAGCCUGCAAUUCCACGGCCGUCACUUGUGAUAUACCGUUGGAACUGCUCCGUCUUGCAGGUAGACGAGUAGUGCUACUUGUGCCGCCAUGAUGAUGAUAGGUAGCCCCUUCCCUUUUCAUCUUCUCGCCGCUGAGCAGCGUGAGAAGGAACGGCAUGAGGAGGCCCGCAAGAUGAUGCUGAUGCCGAAGGCCAUAGUUAAUGAACGAUUCGAUGCAAAUUUUAGGGCGCCGAACGCGUGGAAAAAGACACUGGAAGACGUUAGAGAAGCAACGAAUUUACGGCGUGAAGACGUCAACCGGCGCGUGAAUAUCGAGUACGGAGGAACGGGCAAAAGUGCUUUGAAUCUAGGCGGCAACCAGGAAAAUAUGACAAUGUCGAAGCGAAGGCGCGCGCAUUUCCACGUAUUGGAUCCCUUCACCGGACUGCCACUGGUCGAGACUGACGCUGACAACGAGUCAGCGUACACCGAAUCCUCGGAGGGGGAGUCAAGGCCGAACAGCCGGGCACAAGGGCGGACGAAUUGUACUGAAAGUACGGAUGUGAAAGAGGCUGACCGGGCAGGCGCGCCGCGUCCCGUGCGGAGUAAACGACGCAAAGCGUACCAGGAAGACGAAGUGCAAAAGGAUUCCGAAGACGAUGUGCCUUUGCAUCAGCGACUACUUAGUUUCGAGGAACUCAAGAGCUCCGCGCAGUAUUACGCCCGCGUGAAAAAGCAGGAGCUCGAGCAAAUCAACAACGUAGAAGCAAAAGUAAGGAAGCGGCGGGAGCUGAGAGAUACGAACAUCAAGGUAGCUGACUACCGGGUGGUAGUGCCCGGAGACGAUAGUGCAAGCGAGUCGGAGCAUGAAAGAAAAGGAAGAAUAAUGCGGUAUUUGACACGAAUUUUAGUGUUUUCAGCAACAGAAAAGAAGAACAAGUGGUGGAUCAAGAUCACUACGGUUUCCUUUGCGAUACCUAGCCUGCCACCAGUAAAGAAGAAGAACUUGUCAAGAAAUACAGGACUACCUAUCCAUCUAUUCUUAGAUAAUUAAAUGCAGUUCGUCUCCAUUCUUCAUUCAAAAUACUUACUUCAUCAGGCGGAAAUCACGGAGAAAGAAAUCGCUGAUGGUAUCCAUGAAGGAGAAACAACGAAAGCGCAAGAUGCAAAGCCACAACUUUUUGGGUGACGUAGUAUGUGCUUUCGUCGAAAUAUCAGCGGAAACACGCGAGCGAAUGCUAAAGCAAUUGCUUGGACAUCGAAAAAUUCUACCGGGUGAAAAAGACAAGUGCGCAGCCACAUGUUGCUUCUUGAGUUACCGUUUCUAUUCUCUACUAGAGGUGAUUGCAAGUUUCGAGGUGUCAGCGAGAAUUAGCGAAGCCAGAUAUUUUGAGCUCUUUCCACCAAAUACGGACGCGGGCGAAAAAAGUAUUGAUUUACGAUAAAUUGAUGUCAAGAUUAUGUCAUUCUUGUAUGCCUUUGCCUGAGCUUGAGCAGAUGAAAAGGCAAUUAUUUAAUUCAAGAUCAAUGUGAAGGUCAAGAAGAAAGAUCAUAAUAUAGGUAUGAUUUUAGUUCACAACUUAAAUGCAUAUAGAUAGGCAUCAAUAAGCAUCGUUGAGGGGAAUAAGACGAGGGAUAUUAUUAAUAAUUGAUGUUUUCUAUCCGGUUACAGCGAUUGGGAGUGUGGCGGUGACACGACGCAUCCGUGAGAUCCUCCAGAUUGCGGAUACCAAGGACGCGGAGCCGCCGCUUCCAUCGACAAAUUCGCUAAGCAUGGGUGAUUUUGCAAAUACAGACGACGGCGAGCGCUUAGCGCGGUAUCGCAAUUUUUCUGCUACGGAAGAACGCAUUGUCCUCGACGAGUGGGGCAACUUGAAGUUGCAGGUCGUAGAUGCAGAGACAACAGACGAGCGAAAGCUAGUAGAACUAGACCGUAGAGCAAGGACUCGUCCCGACGAACACUACGUGUAUUUGGAAGCAGGCAGUGAAGAAGCUCGGUUAGAUUUCAUGAUGGAGAUAGCGGAGGUCGCGCGCACAACGUGGGGACGUGCGCGAAAGCGCCAUGAUAUGCUCCAGCGGUACGUGACGCAGAAAAUUCCCAAAAUACAGCGGGACCUCGCCCGACCUGUGAUUUUGGAUCUCUUCGAACAGGUGCGAGAUGAAAUAGAGAGAACAGUGACGCAGAACCGUGCCAUCGACUUGGAAAGGCUGGAGAUGGAACGAGAGUUCCACAAAAUGCGCGUAGAAAGGCGGCGCCUCGCGGAAGAGGCGCGCAAAGAGGAGCGCCGACGAAAACGCCAGGCGAAGACCAUGACCAAAGACGAGGCUGCCCUCUUGGAGGCCGCAAAAGGAAGUGGUAAUCCAUAUGCAAACUACGACAAGAACGAAAAGCGGCAAGGUGGAGUGAUUGGCGGGAAAGACUGGGAGGAAAGACUCACGAAGGCCGCUGACGACUUGCGCCUAGGCGCAAGAAGUAGUAGCAAAACUGGAUUUCCACACCAGCAGGGCCGCGGCCAAGAUCGGGAUCAGCUGACAGCAACGAGCAACUUCAACGCAGACGCCGAGUACUAUCGGAGUCAGUAUAGUACUGGAGGCGAAACGCUGACUCAGACGAUGCAGACCUUCUCGCACGCGGGUGAUUCAGUGCUGCCCGCUCAGCAAGCGACGGUGACGACGAUGUUUCAAUCCACAGCAUCAUCGCGUAUGGGAGGAAUCGGAGGGGCAGGGGGUCUCGGUGGUCAUGAGCAGCAGAAUCGGAGUGGCGGCAUCCUGAAGUGGAGUAGCCCACCAGGCAUGAACCUAGACGAAGAGCCGGAGGGCGCAAAGCGAAACCGGCACGAACUAGUCUUGUCGAACAAAACGUUGCCGGAACUAGAGGAGGAGCUUGAGUUGGAGCGCGGAGACAUCUCGCCUGCGCAGCAAAGACAGCGAGAACAGGUCAUUGCUUUGACCCGGAGGCGGCGUUUCAUCCUCGGUGUAUUCUACCAAAACAGCUUUUUCCAGCCGGGCAGACAAAUAGGCUACUUCCUCGCCUACAAAGCAGAUGGCAACGGCGCGGAAGUAGUGAUCGACCGCCAACGCGCAGCGGAGUUCGUGACUCUGUACCUCGAAAUCGACACGUCCAAGCGCGCCCUUGAAUUCUUCUCUGACUAUGAGGAGACGUUGCAGCGUAUGCUUCUCGAUAAGAGCGCCAAGAUUGCACGAGCAACUAACGCUGCUUUCGAUAAGAUUCUACGCCAGCUUGCGCUCGCAAAAGAGCUCAUUGCAGCAGCUGACGUCUUGGGUAUCCCCGACCCUGAAGAGGAGGCCGAAAAACUGCGAGAAGAGAGACGCGCGAAGCGCAAAGAGGAAGAUGAUUAUCAGGAAAUGAGGAGAGAAGCUGGACCAGGCGAGGACACACCGUUUGAAGAGGACGAAGAAGAUGAUGAUGCUGAGGAUGAAGAGGUAGUAUAGAUACUAUAGCAUUUUUGCAUUUUUAGAUACACAAGCACCAGAUUCGAAUGGAUCGACUUUUCUGAAAAAUAAGCAGAAGAAGCUACUGAUUUGUAAUUGUAUCUUGUCGUGAGCAAAAACUAAUUUGUCUCAUCGAAACUAGAAGACCUAACCAAAACUCUCACAUCAAAAAUUUUGUUUCAAAUCACUCACUUGAGUGUAAAUUUAGAAAAACUAUAUAAAUAAAAUCAAAAAUUCUUGAAAUAUUCAAGUGGAAAAAAUUUUCGAUUUGAAAUUCGAAAGUUUGUUCAAACUACAACUCAUCAUAACUGUGAUAGAAGCCAAUUGUUUAGAUAUUUUCGCGACAUGUGCUCUUAAUUUGCAAAGAAUGUGAUAAAAUGAGCAUUUCUUGGAUUUUCUGAAGAUCAGUCGCACUUGUUCUGUUGAUGUCUUUCAAAGGUUGAAUUUCGAAGGAUGAGGUGUCACUCUGUCAGAAGAAUUCAUCGAGACAAUUUGACGUUUCAGGAAGACCCGGAUGCCUCGACCGAUUUAGACUCAACUGAGGAAUCGAGUGACGAUGCUGACGAUGGGGAAGUGGAUUUCGAUUUAAACGUCCUUUUGCCGCCGUUGCACCCACGUGCAGAGCUCGCGAAUGAGGUGUUGCGUCGCGAGGACCCGAAGCGACGCCUCUCGACGAGACCGCGGGGCAAACUGAUCGUGAAUCCCGCAACGGGCAAGGAGAUGCUGGCUGCUCCAAAGAACAUGAAGCGAAAGAUACAGGAAGCUCAGGUGAUUGCUGCAGUAUCAGGUGAAUACGCCGCGGAUAGGGCUGAGACGGCACGACUAGACCUCCUCGAAGGCCCGGAGACAUUGACGAACAAUGCAGGCAGUCGUCCAGGUACGAGGGACUCCGAGCGACCGUUGCAAUUUCCACCGCAGCUUGUGGUGAAUAUUCCGCCGUGCAAACUGAAGCGGCGUUUCGAGAAGGCUUUUCCAGACACGAGGACUGGCAGCGCAGAUCGGCGGCAUCGCAGUACAGGGGAGCUAUCCGCACCCGUCCAAAAGAAGAAUCUAGGCAAGAUAGUCGGGGAGGGCAUGACAAGUCAACAGGAAGUAGAGGGCGUGUCGCGAAGCCGGGUAGAGGAUGAGGAGGAAGAUGAUCCACAAGAAGAUGUCUUCGGCUCGAUUGACGACCUCGACUUCUCGAGUAUGGCGCGGAAAAGAACACCAGGCAACAAAACCGACCUCAACGCAACCGGAGGAACUGAUGGUAAACGCUCCACGAACGCGCGCAGCACGGGUGGGGUGCCUUUCCGAAAGGAUCCUGUAGACGAGGAAGACAAUCCCUACGGUGACGAGGAGGAGGACAUGGCGAGUCUAUUUGCCGAGUCGGAGGUAGUGGAGGAAGUGCUCGAAGAGAUCCAGGAGGCGGGGCCGAGUAGCUCAUGCGCUUCAGACUAUCCUGGAGAGCGUCGACAGCUCGACUACGAUGCCACGAUAGGGGACGCGCAAACCACGCUAGUAGCACAGGAGGCUCUAAAAUCGUCGAACGGUGGAACAAUUCUGGCACAAGACAUCGCGUCUUUACUAGAUUUCGCAAGGUCUAGACAAAAGAUGUCGAGGAUACGGGAAGUGAAUCAGAAGAAGCUCGUGAUACCGACGAUCGCGCGAAAACUCGCAAUCUUUGACCAUUGGAACCCAAAUCUUGACCCAAAUCCGCGUACGCUCCUCGGAAUGCUGGCGCUUCAUUACUUCUCGCCGCCUAAAUUUUACCAGAGCCGAGACGAGAUAGCGCUGAUUGCGAAAGAAAGAGUGCCGGACACGACGAGAAACCCUCUAGCGCUGACAGAUACAGAGUACGCAGCUUCAGCAACCGCUCAAGUUGGCGCUGACGGUCAGCAUUUGACUGCAUCUUCCUCAUCAGCAGGUGGUCAAUCUGCAGACCCUCCUAAAGCCUCUUUCGCGUCCAUGCGAGGCAUGUUUGGGAAGAAAGCCUCAGAGCCGCAGCGGCAGCACAUCGAGGUAGGAGAUCGCGGUGCUGCUUUUCAAGCAAUUCAGGAGCACAACAUGGACCCGAUGCACUACACCUCCUCGUCUAGUGGUAGCUUUCACCACGACAAGAUGCGAGAAAUCUACCAUAAUAGCCUGCCAGGCGGGGUUCCAGGCGGAUGGUCUGCGAGCAGCAGCAAAAACACGACCCUGUCCAGCUUUGGCCCGGGAGGAAAUACCGUUACAGGGCGGCCAUCGGGUGGCGCAUUCUUCAAUAGUACAGUUGGCGGCGCAAGAUCUUCAUCGGCGUGUGGGGGAGCAGGAGGAAAUAUGGGUGAGUCUAUUUCUUCAACCGUACUAGGGACGAUCACAGGCAAACCAGGCACGGAUAUGCAGCAGCAAAUGACAGGGGCAUCAUUCGCGCCAAGUGGAAGCUCUGUGUCCUUCUUAACAAAGGAGAUCAAAGAGCCGCCAGAUGGAUGUGGUCGUGGAGUAAGCAAAGAUAACCCGCCACAAGCAGACGUGGACGGAAGCAUGCCUUCCGCAAAAGACGCGCUUGCGGCGGGCUGUGUUGUCGCCGCCGACCCGCGUCAAGUAGAACAUGAAGAGGAAGAGGACAACGAUACUGUAGAUCCGUUCGCGCCGCCGCCUUCUGCGCCCAAGAAGGACUACAAACUGCGUUUCGAAGACCACUCGGAGGAGCAGAGCUGUAAUCGGUAUUUGAGCGACGUGGCGGCCUCCGUGGACCCCUUUGCGAAGAUCUUUCAGGACACGGUGGACGACCUGUGCUGUAAGAUGGCAAGAUUCGAACAUCGACACGUUGGCUUCGAGCUCAUCGCGCAUGCUUUUCCCGAGAACUUCGAUUUUGCUGCGGGCUCGCGCACGGAGCAAGCUGACAUGAUCUGCCUGUUGGCGAUUUGCAAAAUUUCGAGUGUCUUCUCGCAGUCCUGAGAUACUUUUGCUGCAGAUCGUAUCUGGCAAGUGCCAGUUGCGAAGUUCUUUUGACUAGUACCAGAACAUUGCUCAUCCCUAAACAUGUUUUUUGUUGACUGAUGUUGUAUUGCUUCCGACUACAUUCAGAGAUCACUCUUUAGAGUCGGUCGAAACUCUUCAGGUGGACAGUUGAUGUACAGAUGACUCAUGGUUCAGUUGUCAUACAUAGUUAAGCACCACAGCCACUGUUCAUAGCAUUCCUUUGCUGUAUGGCAUGGACAACGAGCACGAAAUCGAUUAGUUACCAGCUUCAAAAGAAAAUCUUACUCUUAACCGUAUUUGCAAUAGUAACCAACAUAACCGCAAGUAACCAAGUAGACUCCCGAUGAUCCGCUUCUUUGAUUCAACGUCGAGAUCUUUUCUCCUAUUUGGAUCCAUGAAUUCAAUCGCUUAAACAAUCUAGGUGACUGUAGCCGGCCAGAAUAUACUACAGGCUAUGACGGUUACGGAAGAUGACUAUGUUUUUUCACGAACGACUACCCGCCAGUAUGAAACCCUUUUUCAUGAUUCGUGCUGCUGCUGCUGACAUUCAGACAAGACAGAUAGACUAGUCGUUUUUAUGAUGAAUGCAGGACAACUAUGCAUGUGAAGGACCGACUAAUAUACAAGAAGUGGAUUCAUAAAAUGUACCGAUUCUGCUCGCCAGUAGGCGAUUUCUAGCGUGUGACGAUACGACUCUCUCCUCCUUGACUAUCUCCAUCUUCUAUCAGUAUCACUACAACAAUGUGCUCCAAAAAAUGCUCAUGAUGAUCAAUAUCUUUCGGUUUUCUUUUUCGAAUGGACUGCAAACCCCUGCUACCGGACCCGUGUGGAAUCCCCACAAUGAUCCUGUCAGCCCCGUGCAGUUCUUAAGGCUGACUCAACCAUGUCCCCACGAUAUAGAGCUACCGUAUCCAACACUAGUCCAGAGAAGGAAUACGUUGUGAGCCAUGGUAGGUGCUCCACAGCACUAACAUGCAACAAGUGAAGAAACAGGUAAGGAAUCUGAGAAUUUAAACGAUAUUGAUUACCGCCACCGUACCGUUCGCACUCGCAUGUACUAUCCAAAUCCAAAUGCAUAUUUCGCAAG